AGGGAGGCGGGGGAAGGACGAGCGGAGACUGGGCAGGCAGUUGAGAAAGUUCGGAGCGAGGCUCGGGGACUGCGGUCUGACACGCCAAAUGGACUCUGAAGCGUCUGGAUAAGAGGACUCCAACAAGAACAGAGGAUUAUUUCUAUGUCCAGCAAAGCAAAGCUUGUUCGAACGUGCAGCGGACAAGACAGCGCCAUAUGACAACUAACUUUUCCCCUCUCCGUGGACUUGUUUGUAAUGUUCUCAACGUAAACCAGUUCUCUCACAAUCGCGUCCUCGCAGAAGAAAAGGAGGCAGGGAACGAGGAAGAGAGUUUACUUCCUUCCUAGCUUGCUCCAUAUCUAUCUUGCUGACUGAGCGGCAGGCAGUGCUGUCCGUAGCCGGACUCUAGGCGUUGGCAGCCGGGCAGGGAGUCCCGAGCCAUGGCGGGGGCCAAGCCGGGAGUCCACGCACUACAACUUAAACCUGUGUCCGUGCACGAGGAACUGAAAAAAGGAGGGAAGUUUAUCAAGUGGGACGAGGAACCCAACAGUGGCCCCUCCACCCUGGUGACGCUCAAAGUGGACCCUGAUGGAUUUUUCCUUUACUGGACGGGAGGCUCCAACCAGGAGGUGGAGAUCCUGGACAUCAGCAUCAUCCGAGACACCCGGACGGGCAGAUACGCCAAGCAGCCAAAGGAUCCAAAACUCCGUGAGUUGCUGGGCUUCGGGAAAGGGGAAAAUGUUGAAGGGAAGCUCGUCACCGUCGUCUAUGGAACUGAUCUGGUCAACAUCUCCUUCCUCAACUUCCAGGCGGUGCAGGAAGACACAGCCAAGGUUUGGACAGAUGAACUCUUCACAUUGGCUACAAACAUCCUGUCCCAGAAUGCAGCACGCAACACAUUUCUGCUUAAAGCGUACACACGACUAAAGCUUCAAGUCAACCAGGAUGGCAAGAUUGCUGUCAAGAAUAUUCUGAAACUGUUCUCGGAUAAGAAACGAGUGGAGACAGCUCUGGAACAGUGUGGUCUCAUCAAUAACAAGUCAGAGGGCAUCAAAGCUGAUGACUUCACCUGGGAGGCCUUUCAGAAGUUCUUGGACAGCUUGUGUUUACGACCAGAGAUCCAGAAUAUAUUUGAGGAGUGUGGGUCGAGGAGGAAGCCAUUCAUCUCUUUAGACCAGUUCAUGGACUUCAUAAACCGCAGGCAGAGGGACUCCAGGCUGAACGAGGUCCUCUACCCCCCCCUGAAGAGGGAGCAGGUCAGGCAGAUCAUGGAGCGCUAUGAGACCAACAGCAGCCAGUUGGAGAGAGACCAGAUCAGCCUGCAGGCCUUCAGCCGGUACUUGGGCGGAGACGAGAAUGGUGUGGUGCCUCCAGAACGGCUGGAUGUCAUCGAUGACAUGAACCAACCUCUGUCACACUACUUCAUCAACUCCUCCCACAACACCUACCUCACAGUGGGGCAGCUUACAGGCCUAUCCUCAGUGGAGAUGUACAGGCAGGUCUUACUGACCGGCUGUCGCUGUGUGGAGCUGGACUGUUGGAAGGGCCGGCCCCCAGACGAAGAGCCCUACAUCACCCACGGCUUCACUAUGACCACUGAGAUCUCCUUCAAGGAGGUCAUUGAGGCCAUAGCAGAGAGUGCAUUCAAAACAUCUCCAUAUCCUCUUAUCCUUUCCUUUGAAAACCAUGUGGAUUCGGCCAAACAGCAGGCAAAAAUGGCCGAAUAUUGCAGGACCAUCUUUGGAGAUGCACUUCUGAUUGAUCCUUUGGAGAGAUAUCCGCUGGUUCCAGGCCUGGCCCUCCCCUCACCGCAAGAACUCCUGGGUAAAAUCCUGGUCAAGAACAAGAAGAAGCACUACCACCAGCGGCCCUCGAGCAGUGGCAGCGUCCGGCGAAGGGAGCUGGAGGAGCAGUCGCCUCCAGCCAAUGACUGCCCCCUGUCUGAGAGCUUUGGAAGCCAGUGCUUGUCCAACGGAGAGGAGAGGCUCGCUGAGAGGAUGAUGAAAUACUCAGAGCCUCGCAAGUCCAUUGGCGGUGAGGGGGAGAGUGAGGAGGAGGAUGAGGAAGAACCCAUGACCGAGCUCAAGAAGCCCAACUCAGACGAGGGCACAGCCAGCAGUGAGGUCAACGCCACAGAAGAGAUGUCCACUCUCGUCAACUAUAUUGAGCCUGUCAAGUUCAAGAGCUUCGAAGUGGCAUGCAAGAGGAACAAGUUCUUUGAGAUGUCAUCAUUCGUGGAGACAAAAGGCAUGGACAUCCUGAAGAACUCCCCGGAGAAGUUUGUGGAAUACAACAAGAACCAGUUGAGUCGGAUCUACCCCAAAGGGACCAGGGUGGACAGUUCCAACUACAUGCCCCAGCUCUUCUGGAAUGUGGGCUGCCAGAUGGUGGCUCUAAACUUCCAGACACUUGACCUUCCCAUGCAGCUCAACAUGGGAGUGUUCGAGUACAACGGCCACAGCGGGUACCUGCUCAAACCUGAGUUUAUGAGGAGAACUGAUAAAAGCUUUGACCCCUUCACAGAGGAUAUUGUGGAUGGCAUUGUGGCAAACACCAUCAAAAUCAGGGUGAUCUCAGGCCAGUUCCUGACAGACAAACGUGUGGGCGUGUAUGUGGAGGUGGAUAUGUUUGGACUGCCCACAGAUACAAAGAGGAAGUACAGAACCAAAACCUCCAAUGGGAACUCGCUGGACCCGGUGUGGGAAGAUGAGACCUUUGAGUUUAACAAGGUAGUCCUCCCAACACUAGCCUCUUUGAGAAUAGCUGUUUUUGAAGAAAAUGGCAAGUUCAUUGGUCACCGCAUCCUCCCUGUCUCUGCCAUCAGGCCUGGCUACCACUACAUCAACCUGAAGAAUGAGCUGAACCAGCCUCUGCUCCUGCCCUCUCUGCUGGUGUGCACUGAAGCCCAGGACUACAUCCCCGAUGAACACUCUAAAUAUGCUGAAGCUUUGUUCGACCCCAUCAAACAUGUCAGUCGAGAGACACAACUGGCUGUUCUCCUGGACACUGUGGAGCAUGUCCCUAACCUGCCCAAAAGAGGAGAGCUCACCAAAGUCAACGAUGCCAACCUGACUUUCCCGUGCCCCAGUGCCAACCCUGCCCCAAGCCCCUGGAUUGACUACCCAGAAAACUUUGCACCUGCCCCAGCCCCCAGCCCAAAGGAGGACCUCAUAGCCACUGUUCUGGGAGAUGUUCCAGUUAUGUCCAUAGAGGAGAUCAAACUGCAGAAGAACUAUUUAAAACUUAUCAAGAAGCACAGCAGUGACCUCAAAGAACUCCGCAAGAAGCACAUGAAGAAGGUGUUAAACUUAAACAAAGAGCAGAAGAGCCGGAGCUGUAAACUGCAGACAGACACUCAGAGGAGGCGCAGCCAGAUGGAGAAGAACCUCAAACGCAGUAUCAAGAAGAAUGAGCCUUAUGACCCCAUUCAACAGGAACUGUCAGCUCUGGACCAUGAGAUCGCCAAACAGACGCUGCAGCUCAAGGAGUGGCAGAUGAACGAGCUGCUCCACCUGAGGAGAGAGCAACAUACAGUGGAGAGGAAAAAGCAGGAGGGGCAUCUGAUGGAGGCCUUUCAGAAGCUGAAGGAGACCGCCAAAGAUUGCCAAGCCGCCCAGCUCAAGAAGCUCAAGGAGACAUGUGAGAAGGAGAAGAAAGAACUGCAGAAGAUGUUGGACAGGAAGCGUCAAAACAGCAUCAGUGAAGCCAGGAGCAGAGACAAGGAUAAGGCCGAAGCUGAACUCAAUGAGAUCAACAAGAAGCACAUCCAUGACUCAGUGUCUCUGAUCCGAAGGUUAGAGGAGGCGCAGGCCCGGAGACAGGACAAGCUACUGCUCAGACAGAGGGAGGUCCUACAGCACAUCGAGGAGCAGUUCCCCCUGCUCCUGAGCCAGCUGCAGAGGGACCUGGAUGAGGAGUACCAGGGCCUGUCAGAGGAGAUCUGUCGCUACCUGCAGUCCGAGCUCAACCACAAGAGCAAGGAGGGCCUGCUGAGUGGCCUGUCCCACCACAGCAGCCCCGAGGCGGGCUCCAGACCCUCCUCCGGACCCCCAUCCAACAGCUCCACCCCCUCCUCCACACCCCGGAGAUCCUGGAGCCGCAGCACAGACAACUGCUCCAACUGUUCCACCCCAGUGCUGUCUGAGGCUGAGCUGUCCCUGAGCUGAACACAGCAGGAGCACAGCAGGAGCACAGCCAACGAUUGUGCUGGAUUGUGCACUCUUACUGUUCAGCUUAUCUGUCAUGUUUUUUUGUUUGUUUUUUUAGACAUAAAGCUUUUAAGAGAUUCAAAAAAAAUUUCUCAUUUAAUAAUAUUUAUAUAAUUUAAUCAGUAAGUUUUUAUGUUUUUAUCACUUUUUGAGGGGGAUGUUUGGUACUUCAGAUGCUUUUAAUUAUUUUCUUCUACCUUGAUAUAUAUAUAUAUAUAUAUAUAUAUAUAUAUAUAUAUAUAUAUAUAAAAAAUCAUACAUACACACUACCAUUCAAAUGUUUGGAUACAACUAAAAGGGUAAAGGCUUUAUUGUUAUUUUAUAAUUAUUUCUUUUAAUCUUAAACAGGUUUGGAGUUUGUUUAGUUUAUUUUGUUUUUUGUUUGCUACAUUCCAUAUGUGUCCAUUCAUAGUUUUGAUGUCUUCAGUAAGAAUCUUUAAUGUAAAUAAUCAUGGAAAUAAAGAAGAAAACUAAAUGAAGACGUGUGUCCAAACUUUGACUGGUAGUGUGUGUUACAUAGUGCACAGCCUGUGGACUUGCCUGUAAGUAAACUACUGACAUUGAGUUUAGCAGUUGGUAAUUGUCUAACCACUGGCUGCUACACAUACUAAUUAUAUUAAGAAACUGCACUACAGUGUGUUACUAGCAGGCUAGUACAGCCUAGCAUUUACCAUGUGGCAUAAAUGUAAGUACGUAGGUUUUUGAUGAGAAAACAUCUUUGCGUUGAUCAGAACAUAACACACUAUGGGCCAUUUAAAACUGAUCUGAUCCCCAAAUUCACAGAUGUAUGAAUUCAAUUAUAUAAUAUGUUAAGGUUCUAAAUCUUUUCUGGCCUAAAGUUUUUGAAAGUUCUGUUGGCAGGUUUUGACUGCAUCACUUCAGGCAUGUGUUUUGGGGUUCAAGGAGCUCUUCAAGCACUUGAAGGAUGGGAUGAAAAGUAGUGACUAAAGUAAAAGAGGUGCUCUUUUACUCUCCAAGGCACUCGUAUUCAUUUCAAAUGCCUUUAUUAGUCGUGGCAUGUGUUCUUUUUUCUUUUUUUAGAAUGCGGUUCCUUUUUCAUUAGUUUUUUACUGAUUCGAACACAACCCCUUGUGUCAUAUCAACUGCAUUUUUAGUCCCUACCCCAAAAUGAUGACUCAAACCCAGACUCCCCAGACAUGACCUGACCUGCAUUUUGAAACCUCCAACUAAAACCUUGGUUCUGCACACAGGUCUUUGUGUACAAGGGUUUAGAAUGCUCUCAUAGACAGUUCCACAAGUUAAUACUGAUCCACUGAAAUGGCAAAAUGUGCCAUAUGUCUUGGUGUUUUACAAUAUUUUAGUCUGCAAAAUUCAUUUUAAGCUUAACUGUAUACAUUUUACUGUACUGUUCCACACAUGUCUCAGUGCACUCGGACCUGGUCCUGUGUUCCUCUGUGAUUCCUCACAGCCACAGAUAAGAGGAGCUCCAGAAAGCUCUUAAGAGAGGGACAGAGGCCAGGGGACAGAGCUGAGUGUUUGCUUCCGCAUCAGAUGUAAGAUGUGGCAUAAGUGCAUAAAUGGAAUUUGUGCAUGAGAAGGACUUGAAUUAAAUAAAAUUAGAAGAAUCUCUUGAUUGGAAGAAUAUUGAUAUUUAUAGAUGCACCAAUACCACCAAUGUAUAUAUGAGACCCAAUACCCAUACCAGUAUUUGGUAUUUUCUCCACACAGGAAAAUAUAGAGAAUAUAUAAGAGUUUUUCUUUAACAAUAUACAAUUUUAAUAUAUUAACUCAUUCAUUAUUUAAUUCAUGACACGACAUGACAUAUUACAUUACAAUGCUUUUUUAGUUUCAAGCUAAAUUUUCAAUAACAUUUUGAAUAUUUGGGUUCACUUUUGAAUCCCUCAUGCACAUUUUUUUUCUUCUAUUGAUGUAGUCAUAUCUACACAAAAAAUUUAAUUUUCCCUCAUUUGGAAGUUUUUUGUGAUUUGUCAGAAUAUGCAGUGGUUUCCAAGAAUACAUUUCAAAAUGUGUCUAUAAUGGCUUCAGUAACCAUGGCAUUGUGCUCUGACUGUCCAUUGUAUAUGUGUGUAUGCGAGUCGUCAUACUACUGCUGGAGACAUGACCCCAAAAACCUAAAGUCAAACAUAUGUAAACAUACAUAAGUAAUGAUACAAUUUUGGUAUGUACAGUAUUUAACCAAAAAUGGCAAAAAUUUCUGUCACUUUUGUUGUCACUUUGAACACUAAAGUACACUCAGAAAUUAAAUUACUACUUAAAAUUUUAAUCUUAGUUUAAGUAAAUCAUAGAAGUCAUGAUGCACCAAUAUCAAGAGUGUAGUUUGGACUCCAAGCCAACCUAAUCGCCAAUGGGGUAUGAACUCUUUACAUACUGUCAGAUUAUCUUAAAAUAAAACCAAUACUAGGAAAUGUUAUAUUUUUUGUGUAGAUUCUUUAUCUUCUUAUAAAUUCUCUUUCAUUUCAAGUAGAAGAUUAGGAUUUUGGCUGAUUUUAAGUGGAAUAUGAAAUAUCCCCAUAGACUGUAUAUAUAAAUUGAUGUAUUCAGUUGUAUUCAAAAUCAUUUUACCCAGACUGAUUUUUCUGUGUUGGAUUCUAUGUAGGGAUAACUGGUACAUUCCUUCAGACUCUAUCCCCGACCCAGCUACUCCCUUUCAAGGCUCACAUAUGGUACUCCUAUCACAUGUUUAAUCAAAUGCACUUUUGUUUUGGAAAUGUCAAGUGACCUGUUCUUAUUAUGUAAUAUUAUGUAAUGUGUACCCAUGUUGAAUACUUGUUUUGGACUCAAGGACAAGGUUUCUUUGCACUUUUCAGUUCUGCCUCUGCUAUACAAUGUAAUUCUUAUUUUUUAUUUUUUAAUUUUAGAACAUAACUUUCCAAAACCACUAAGAUCUUGAUAUGAUCCGAUGAUGACCGGCAUGGCAUCAGUACUUUGUUUGUACUCUUUACUUACAUUUAGACUCAUAACUGUAGAUAAUAUUGCAUGUGUAGAUACAUGUCCUUUGAUCUUGUGUGUAGUUGUAAGGAUUAAUUUGUACCAGGGCAGUUUACAGGGCGGAGAGUCUUGCAUGAAAAACCACUCAAAAUGGAGCGUUGCCACUUCUUGACAGUAAACUCUAUUGGGCUAUUUAACAAAAACGGUAUCUGUGAUCAAGGCUGCAUGUCAAGUGUCAACACUGUAUGAAUGUAUAAUUAAAAGGGAAUAAUAUUCAUGGUUCUUUGUGAUAAAUAUAUUGUAUAUGAUGUAAUGUUGGAUAAUAAACCGACAAAGUGAAAUGACUAA